AUGUCGUUGGUCGAGCAUUUCGAUGCGACUUUGAGCUCGGAUCAAAACGUUCGUGCAAGAGCCGAGCUCUCCUUGAAGCAAUUGGAGAAAGAGCCCGAUUUUGUCCUUGCUGUGCUCCAACUCCUUGGAAAUGAAGGAAUUGAAUUGUCUACCCGGCAAGCUGCGGUUAUUUAUUUGAAGAAUAGAAUUGCUCGGUCAUGGAGCAGUGCCAAAGAUGCAGCUUCUCCUCUCGACAUUCCCGAAGACAAGAAGGCCAUCUUUAGACAGAACUUGCUGCCAGUUCUGCUUCAAAGUCCCGUUUCCACACGGUCACAUUUAAUGGCUAUCCUUAACAUCAUUCUUUCUACCGAUUUCCCCGACCAAUGGCCUAGUUUUGUUGAGUUUACCGCCAACUUGGUUCAGUCGAGUGAUGCUCGUGAAAUAUAUGCUGGCCUUAUUUGCAUGCAUGAACUUGCUAAGGUAUACCGGUGGCGCGUGGAGGAUCGCUGUCGUGACAUUGGACCUGUUAUUACUUCUCUGUUCCCUUGUCUCCUUCAGCAUGCCCAAAGAUUGGUAGCACAGGAUGACGAUGCUUCGGCUGAGAUGCUCCGUCUCAUCUUGAAGACUUUUAAGUCGGUGGUCUCUCUCGAAAUACCCAUUGAGCUGUUGGCUAACGACAAUAUCUUCUCAUGGAUUCAACUUUUGCUCGCCGUGGUUCAACGCGCCCUGCCUGCUUCCGUAAUGAGCAUCGAUGCCGAUGUUCGUUCGUCUCACGUUUGGUUGAAAUGCAAGAAAUGGGCUUACUUCACCUUGAACCGUCUUUUCACACGUUACGGUUUGCCCACUUCCGUUUCUAGAGACAUGUCUACUGAGUAUAAGACAUUUGCUCAAACUCUUCAAGUGAAUGUGGUUCCUAAUAUUUUGCAAGUGUACCUGUCUCAAACGGCACUUUGGAUUCAAGGACAAGUAUGGUUAUCUCCACGCCUCCUCUUCCACUUGGGCUGUUUCUAUGAGGAUUGUGUGAAGCCUAAGAACACCUGGGUGCUCCUGCAGCCUCAUGUUGAGAACUUGGUUGCACACUUCAUUUUCCCUCAACUUUGCAUGAGUGAAGAGGAUGAAGAACUCUGGGAAAUGGAUCAAGUUGAGUUCAUCCACAAGUACAUCGAUAUUUAUGAUGACUUCAAUUCCCCUGACGUUGCAGCCUCCAGAUUCUUGGUUAAGCUUGCAUCCCGCCGCGCUAAGCAGACGUUUAUGGGUAUUCUGAACUUUGCUACUGGCAUGCUUAACAAGUAUGCCAGUGCUUCCGCUCAAGAGAAAAAUCCUCGCGAAAAGGAGGGAGCUUUGCGUAUGGUUGGUUCCAUUUCACACGCGAUCUUGGCCAAAAACAGCCCUGUCGUCGACAUGAUGCAGGACUUCAUUGUUGUUCACGUUUUGCCUGAGUUUACCAGCACUGUUGGUUACUUGCGUUCUAGAGCAUGUGAAAUGAUCAACCGUUUCGCCGACAUAAAAUGGAGUGACAAGAAUCAAUUGCUGAAUGCAUACAAUUCAGUUCUCAACGCUCUUCGUGACGAGGCUUUGGCUGUUCGUGUGCAGGCUGCUCUUGCUUUGCAACCUCUUAUGCGUCACACUGAAGUGCACACUGCAAUUACUCCUCACGUGCCCAUGAUUAUGCAGACGCUUCUGCAAAUGGCUAACGAAAUUGACAUUGAUGCUCUUUCGAGCUGUAUGGAGGACUUUGUUAGUAUGUUCAGUCAUGAACUUACACCUUUCGCAUCCCAGCUUUGCGUUCAAUUGCGCGACACAUUCAUGAAGCUUAUGCGUGAAAGUUUGGAGCAGACCGCCGCUGACGACAUGGACUCGUUGCCCGAUGACAAGUCCAUUGCCGCGGCGGGUAUCCUGAACACGCUGAGCACGAUGAUUCUCAGCUUGGAAAACACAGUUGAUGUUUUGCAAGAGAUUGAGCGUGUUCUUCUCCCAUUAUUCACUUUUACUUUGGAUAACUCUGUUUGGGACGUCUUUUCUGAGGUAUUUGAGAUUGUUGAUGGCUGUACAUUUGUCUCCAAAUCUAUUUCACCUGUCAUGUGGACAGUGUUUGAGAAACUUCAAAGUGUUUUGAAGGAUUCCGCAAUCGAAUACAUUGAGGAUUGUUCUCCUGCUCUCAACAAUUAUGUAAUGUAUGGCGCUGAUGCUUUGCGCAGCCGUCCCGACUACCUUUCUGCCAUGGUAGAAAUUAUCCACCUGGUAUUCACAAAUGAUCAUUUAGCCUUGAAUGAUCGCGUUGCCGCAUGCAAACUGGCCGAGUUGCUUAUGCUUCAUUUGCCUGGUUGUCUGGAUCAAUACCUGCAAUCGUUCAUUGAGCUUGCUGGUGAUCGCUUGUUGGUUUCUGAGAAACCCAGUGCAGGUUCUUACAGAGUAUUCUUGAUUGAGGUCAUUGUAAAUGCUCUGUGCUAUAAUGCCUUGGCAACUUUGCAAGUUUUGGAGGCCCACCAGUGGACUGCUCCCUUUUUCACAUUGUGGUUUAACGAUAUUGGCCGUUUUGCCAGAGUCCAUGACAAAAAGAUCAGUAUGCUUGCCAUUGUAUCACUUCUUUCCCUUCCUAAUGAACAAGUGCCGCCUUCUUUACAAAGUGGUUGGUGUCAAAUGUUGCAAGUGAUUCUUACUUUGUUGGCUUCGCUUCCGGAGGCCAUGAAGAAUCGUGCUCAAAUUGAACGCGACUACGAUGGCGAAGCAUUUGAUAUGACUACGGCAAACUGGGACGAGCACGGAGACUGGGAUGCUGAAGAUGAUGAAACCGCAAAUGACUUUGCAACAGGACACCCUGAGGGUGCUUUCUCUGACGAUGAGGAGUAUGUCGAUGAUUUUGCCUGCUUCGAAGGUGAUUACUUGUUGGAGGAAGACCCAUUAUUCCACACUCCUCUUGAUCGGAUUGAACCAUAUGCCUUUUUCAGAGAGUUUGUUUCUCACAUGGAAUCCUCAAAUCCAGCUUCACUGCAACACCUCGUGAGUGGACUUUCCGGUGAGCAACAGCAAUUCAUGCAAGCAUUACUUUCAGGAUCUGUUCCCGCCGCUAAUCCUACUCAAAAGUCUUAA